UUGAUCCCUCUGUUUGUGAUCAUCGGAUCUGGAGGCAUUGGCGCAGGCCUGUAUCUCAUGCGCUUGGCCGUGUUCAACCCUGAUGUCUGCUGGGACAAGAAAAAUAAUCCAGAACCAUGGAACAAAAUGGCUCCCAGUGACCAGUACAAGUUCUACUCGGUUAAUGUGGACUACAGCAAACUGAAAAAGGACCGUCCUGACUUCUGAACAACACGCUCAUCUCCAGAGGCUGCACAGAAAGGUCUUCCGGAAGCCGUCCGCACAAUUGUCAUGCUUAUUCAUCCAGGAAAUACUCAAACUUGCCUCGUGCUGCACUUGGUCAUGUGUUUGAAAGUGUUUUGAUGAGGCUUAAUAAAUGUUUGAAA